GAUAUACUGUGUGGGAUGCACUAAACGAGACCAAAUCACCAAUCCGUGCGGGGUUGCCAUUCCUACCUUGAUGAUUAUCUUGAGCGUUCUUUCCCUGAGCCACCGAGGCCAAAUACCAGUCAGUCCUCUCAUAUAUCUCACGACUUACCCCACUUUCCUCAACACAGCAACUCACCCAUCAACCGCACACCAUCAAUAGAUUUGCACUGGAUGCAAAUUACCUUAGGCAUCAUUCAAGUCAAUAAAUUUUAUCUUGUCAUCCAUUUCUAUUCCCUCGUUUGGAUAACGUAACGAUUCAGCAUGACCCUCACCCAGCAGCAAGCUAUCCAUUUGGUUCAGAGCAUUGCCGACGACCAUGGCCAUCUCGAUGAGAAAACACUCGCUACAAUGAACGCGGGCACCCGCUUGAAGGUUGAGAGAGCUUUGCUGGCAAAAGACCAACUUAUUGGUCAGAGUGUUAUUACCCUGGCCAGAGAACUGUACUCCAAGGAUGUUCGUUUCAUCUUUGAACUGCUUCAGAACGCUGACGACAAUCACUUCAACCAUGCGAAAUCCAGCGGGCAAGAACCGUAUGUCGCUUUCUUUAUUUAUCACGACAAAAUCGUCAUCGACUGUAACGAAGAUGGCUUCACCGAAGAAAACCUACGGGCCAUCUGUAGUGUCGGUAAGAGCUCGAAGCAUGGCGCUCAAGGAUACAUUGGUGAGAAGGGAAUCGGAUUCAAGUCCGUCUUCAAGGUUGCUUGGAAAGUUCAUGUUCAGUCGGGACCCUUUUCCUUUUGUUUUAUCCACAGAUCAGGUGACUCCGGUAUGGGCAUGAUUUCACCGGAGUGGCAUCAAUCCGAGGACUCGACGAGGCCUCCUACCGGCAUCACCAGAAUGACCUUCACCCUGCACAACAACCUUGAUCAGAAGCUACAGGCAGCCCAACGUCAAAGCAUCGUGAACGAGUUCAAAGACCUUCAGCCAGCCAUGCUGCUGUUCCUAAAGAAGUUGAGACGCAUAGAAGUACAUCUCUUCGAUGUCGAGGGAACCAAGGAGAGUCAUUCUGCCAUGUCUCUGUCUGCGCCAGUCGAUAUAUCGAAUCGAGCCGUCCUCACAACCACAAAGACAACUCACAGUUCUGAGCCCAAGACGUUCAGUCAUCACUACCAUGUCACAAAGCUGUGGGCAACGGGCCUUGCCAGGAACGAGAACCGCAAAUAUUCACCAGCAGAGGAGUCCUCGAAAGCUUACUCUCGGACAGAGGUCGUCCUUGCGUUCCCUUUGACUGACCAGUCCGUACCCAUCAUCGAGCCUCAGGAUAUUUUUGCUUUUCUACCGAUCCGCAAGAUUGGGUUCAAUUUUCUGAUUCAUACUGAUUUUGUCACAAUGGCAAAUCGGGAAGACAUUGUCACGAGCUCACAACGUAACAAAGAUUUACGUCGGUAUCUAGCUCAGGCCUUCGUUACCGCAGCCGAGCAGAUGUGCGAGCAUCCUCAGCUUCAGUUCCAGUGGAUGCGAUACCUACCUCGUCUAUCGGGUAACCAUUGGGAUUCAUUUUGGUCUGAGUUCUCUAGAAUAUUGCAGAAAGAGAUCAAGAAGGUGGAUGUGAUCAUACCUUUUGCGUCGAUGACCCCUCGGCCCCUGACUGCUCUUAAACAGUGGCCCUCUAAGAUCUCGUGGCUGGGCCACCUUGAACGCCCCGUCUUCGAGGACUUGCCUAAAAAGAAGGCGGCAUACGUUUCACUUGAGUAUCAGGAUUCUGACCUUUCUAUUCUCAGGGACUACGGGAUGAAAUAUCUGUCUUCGGUCGACCUCAUUUCAAGAGCCGAGGCUGACCUUAGGAGUCGCUCUUCAAAGAUGAAGAGCCCUCAGACGGACGCUAAGUGGCAUUCGCUGGCUGCCAAACUUCUGAAAAGGGGGCUGAGAAAUCUCGAGUACGAGGGGGAAAUCAAGGCUCUGGAUCUUCUGCCACUCUCUGAUGGAAGUUGGACAAGCGUUACCAAAGGAGGAAGUGUUUACUUCCCCACGACAACAGAGGGUUUCUCAAUACCGGCGGAGCUGGGUCUCAAGUUCAUCAAAGCUGAUGCCGCAGUUCAACCUGAAAGGAAUGCACUGUUUAAGGCUCUUGGUGUUCUCUCUGCGUCAUCUGACCACAUUCGAUCUUUGGUCAUUGGGUUCCAAGCUAAGCACAGGCCCUCCUCUCGUGAGACCUCUGUGGACAUGCUCCGGUUUCUAUAUUUGACACACCCUCCGGAUGCAUCUUUGGGCGUUUACGAUGUGAUCUGGGUGAAAUCUUCCAGUUACUUGGAUCUUAAGCCGACGGCAAACGACGUUUACUUCGAAGACGAGUCAGAUCCCUACGGUCCUGCGGCCCUUGGGCUCAAGGUCAACUUUCUUCACCCACAUUACCUACAAGAACCCCCGCAAACACCCGAAGACGCCACUCGCGCUGGUGAAGAUGCGGCCAGAGGCUGGAGGAAUUGGUUGGAACAACACAUUGGUAUCCGAACACGGCUGAGAUUAGCAACAAAAGACGUCCCAAAUGGGAAACCAGCCUUGUCAGAGGAGAUUUUACAUGUUGCAGAGCACCAGCCAACUAAAUUCAUCGGGUUACUUCACCAUCUUUGGGAAUACGAUGGGGAAGGUCUAGCGUCCAAUAAAACCCUUUGUCGACACCUGGGUAGAUUGGAGGUUCUCUGUGAAGGGGGUAGUCGAGAGCCUCUCAAAAACACUAUUUUGCCCACCCCAAAGUUGAGGAAAUUGUCUCAGCGAUAUUUGGAGCCAUCCCAUGGCUCCAGAUUCUUGCAACUCGAGAUUAGCCUGGCCAACACGAUAGGCAGCUGGAAUUUCUUGGCCAAAUUCAAUAUCAUUAUGGAUGAUGAUCUGCUUUUCUACUUGAUCAUACUGAGGAGUAUAGCGUUGAAAGCAGCAUCUCUAUUGAUGAAGCCUUCUCGGAUCCUGCGGCUAUAUGCGGCGAUUCAAGCCAAGUGUCUGGUCAGCAAUGAUAUUUCCGAGGCCCUUGAACAUGUGAGGCGCGUUUUCGCAGAUUCUCCUCUCACGUACAUUCCUUCUACUCCCGGAGAAUUUGGCACCUCUCCGCAAUGGGUGGUAGCGACGCGGAGCUGUCUGCUUGAUGCGCCAGCCGACAUGAGGCAUAGGCUACCACUUGACGCAUUGUAUAGCCAGGCCUUUUCGGAUGAUGCUAGCAAGUCUUUGUCCACAGUUUUGACAUUUUUCCGUGAAACUGUCAAAGUUUCAUCCUGCGAUCAUAUGGCUUUUGUCCUUGAGUUGCAACACUUGAAGGUUAACAACUGUAUGGAUAUGCCACUCAUUCGAAGCCACUACAAGAGGCUCCGAAAGUGUAUUUCAUCGAAAGAAGACGAUAUAGAGGAGGUCAGGAAGUGGGUUGCGGACAAAGCGUUGGUAUUCUACCAGCCAUGCAAUGACGGCGAGCCCACGUGGUACAGCCCAGCUGACUGUGUCUGGUCGACCGAGGCGGGACUCCGCGGUAAGGCCAAUCUGCGUGAGCAGUACCCUGACUUGAAAGAGUUCUUCGUGGACCUGAUUGGGGUUGACUUGCUCAAAAUCAACAUGAUAUACGAGUUGCUCCUGCGACUAGACACCAACAGUCGCGUCGAUUAUCAAGAAGCAAAGACGCAACUCCUUGCCUUCAGCAGCCUUCUCCCGAUGGCACCAGAAGAAUUGUUGAAGACCAUGAAGCCAAAGAAGCUUGUGAAGCAAAACUGCUUGCCAGUUACUUGUCCGGAUGUGGGAGAGAAGCUUGUCGGCGCCGCCACCGAUUUCAUGAUUAUUGACCGCCAGGGGCCGAUGGCAGAAUUUCGGCACCAGGUAAGGGUGCUGGACUUUGACAUGGAAGAGGUGCAUGAUUUGCAGGCUUUUAUCGAGUGGGCUGGUCUUACGGGGCGGUACCUUUCGAAGAUGGUACGGGAGGUGCCUUGUCUUGGGGCUGGGCCAAAGGUUCCCAUCGGCAACCCUUUGUUCGAUAUCAGAAAGAAGGCACAUGAGAUUUUGAGUCCACGGUAUCAAGAGGGCAAUGGGUGUAAGCUCUAUGCGCAGCUGCGUGGGGCACAGACCUGGGAGACAGACGACAUUUCCGCACAGCUUGUCCUGGAAAUGGAUGGGGAAAGCUAUGUUGUGCCGCUGGAAAAGAGCGAUAUGUACAUCGCCGAAGAAGGCGAGGAAGGGGAGACCUCUCCACCAUCCUGCUUGACGAUCUAUAUCCCGCAUGACGAGACUGAUCAGGAUGUUUGCAUCCAGCACAAAUUGCCUUACAAGUUGAUGGAGUGGAUUAUGACGGAUCCCGGGACGGGAAAGACGAAGCCGGUGGAUGGGAGAGCGGUCAGGGUGGUUACGGCGGUUUUGAAUGCCAAGUUUGCGUCGUUGCCGCGAAUUCUGGAGCGUGAAGGAGUUCAUGAUGUUGAUGUUCCUGCUUUGGUAGAAGACCUUGAUGAAGACGAGGAUGAGAGUGUCCCAGAGGCUGAGGAGAAUGUUGGUGUCCUCGAAGACGACGUUCAGGAAAGCCUUGGAGAUGAUGAGGAAGGCGAUGUAUACGAGGGAGAUGACGUCUUUGAUGGCGUCGAGGGGCUGUCUAAUAUUGGCCCGGAAGAGGCUGCCCACGUGUUUGAGGGAGACGACGUCUUUGAUGAUGUCGAAUACUCUGAUCAUGACGAGAUUGCUCAGGACGAUUUUGCUGCACACGAAAACGGGUUUGUCGAUGAGGACGAGUACGCUGAUGCGGAUCAGAUCUUGGAUGAAGUUGAGCGUGAACUUGAUGGUUUGAGCAUUGAACCACGCACCCCCCCCAGAUCGGUCGCGGUAUUGUCAUCCUCACCAUCAACACCUGCGGGUCGUGGCAUAAUCUACACACCACUUGGAACGGAACCCGAAACACCUCUCAGAGUCCCUGCCAACCCCCGAAAUGCGCGCUGGUCUCCGAGCGGGGAUUUUGCGACUCCUCAGACAGGAUACUUUCAGCCAUCCCCAAACUGGAGGUCAGGACCCCGGGAACUAAACUCUACUCCAAGCUCAAGCACGCAGCAGUAUCGGGAACUCUUGAGCCACAUGAUAUCAGCUGGCCAGCAGUUGCGAUUCCCAGACUUCGGCAACCUCGACAUAUCACCUUUGAGAGGCCAACUCCCCCCCACCAAAGAUACUGCAAACCCGCUCUGGAGGUUCUUGACUUGGCAACAGGGUGCCGCCGGUGAGCUCUUUAUUCUUGAACUUCUCAAGACACUGGAGCCCAAACUGCCAGGUUUCUGCGCAGAGGUCAACUGGACGAGCAGGCUCCGAGACCGUGUCACUGUUCAUCCAACCUAUGCCAACCUAGACACUUGGUCAGGGUUUAAUGAGACAUCCGACCUUGAAUAUUUCGAUGACACUGGCGCUUUCACGACGCUCCUGACCGAAAAAGGGUACCUUCCUCGAUCGUCCAACACCGGCGAGCAAGCCGGGAACCCGAUGCAGCCGAAGAAGUACUACAUUGAAGUGAAGUGCACAUCUCAGGGCUGUGACGAGCCAUUUUACAUGAGCUCUGGCCAGUAUAACAAGAUGCAGGCAAUCUGCGAACAAAAAGGCGCUGUGUACAUUAUCUUUCGAGUGUUUAACAUCUACACUGACAGGAUCGAUGUCAGGCUGUUUGUGGACCCUGCUACGCUUGAGAGGCAGGGGUUGUUGAGGUUCUCGCCGGAGAGGUAUAGUGUUAGGGCGACGCCAUAGGAUAGGCGGCGACUGUCUCGAGCUGUCUCACAAGGAAACACUUGUCGGAUCAGCAAGCGGAAUUCGGUUGCCGUCCAACCUUCUGGCGAUCUUUAUUGCCAAUUUACAGGGGCCUUCAGUGCUGUAGAGUGGUUUGAACUGGAGAUAGUAUAUAAUACACCGGCAUGAUCAAGCACAAACUCACCAAAAAGGAGCAAACAAUCUGUGAAGAGAGUAGGUAG